AUUUGUGAACCCCGGACCAGUGGCCUCCUCCCUCGCCGCUUGCCCAACCGCACACUGCUAUCGACCGACAACGCCGGCCUGACGGGUGCUGUUUACUGUGCCGGCUUCGUAUUGAUCGCUUCGCAUCGGACGCCGACGCCGUCCUCGAUACAGUCAUGUCUUACGAGCGGAAGCCGCAGACACGCAUCUUCGUUGGUGGCCUGGGCGACAACAUGGCCAAGGACGACCUGGAGCGCGAGUUCGGCAAGUACGGCCGGCUCAACCAGGUCUGGGUGGCGCAGAACCCGCCGGGCUUCGCCUUCCUCGAGUUUGACGACGACCGGGACGCGGACGAGGCCAUCCGCAACAUGAACGGCGUCGUGCUCAACGGGUCCAGGCUGCGCGUCGAGUACUCCCGCGAGCGAGGCGGAUCGCGAGGAUUCCGUGGCGGUCCCCGCGGCGGAGGAGGUGGAGGCGGCGGCGGCGGCUACCGGGGCGGACCCCCGCGCCCGUCCCCGGGCGGCGGCGGAGGCUACCGGUCGGGCCCACCACGCGGAGGCGGCGGCUACGGCGGCGGCGGCGGAGGCCGGCGCGGACCGGGCUACGACUCGUGGGGCCAUGACGACCGCUACGGUGGUGCCGGCGACGAUGGCUGCCAGGACUAUGGCACCGGCUCCAGCCCGCGGUACCGUAGCCGAUCUCCCUUGGGAGCACAGAGCGGCUACAAUUGAGGCGCUGACGCAGUCGACACUCGGCCGGCCCGGGUCGACUCGCAUCUUCUACUACUUCGCACGGCCGUCCCUUCCUGUGUGGCCGCCGCUGAAUUGGCCGGCCUAGAGAGAGAGCGAGAGUGCUUGUGCUACUACGCGAGUGCUCUUCACAAAACAGCGUUUUAUUUCUUUUUUUUUUAUUUUUGUGGAGCCCGUCUAUGGGUACGACGGGCCCCGCCACACGGCGUCACGACAAUAAAAGCCAAAAACACAUUUUUCUUCACUCGGGGUGGUGACCUCGGGGCCUUCCCGC